CCAGUCGGUUCGAAUAAUCGCCUCGUGGCAGGUGAAGACGAAAAUCGGCGAGGCCGAGCCUGCCAGCUAUCCAAUCACCUAGUCAACUAGUCGCCGUAUGAGGUACGGACGAACCACGAAACCGCACCUCAAUUUUCCACAAGAAAUUUUGUUACUUAUUGCGGUGCGAUACGGUAUACAAAAUUUCGCGUAACUAUCCGUUGCACUACAUAACUACAAGGGUGAGACAUGUCUUCUUUGAAGGGUGAUAAAAUUCCAUGUGCCCGACUUUGCCAUAUCGUCAAGUGGGAUGAUUUUGACGGCUAUGGAUUUAACCUACACGCAGAAAAAGGAAAAAAUGGUCAAUUUAUUGGUAAGGUGGACGACGGUUCUCCUAGUCAGGCCGCUGGUUUACGACAAGGUGAUCGAAUCAUCGAGGUUAAUGAAAUCAACAUCGCAAACGAGACUCAUAAGCAGGUUGUUGAACGCAUAAAGGCUUUUCCUAAUGAGACGAAGCUUCUGGUGGUCGACCAAGAAGCCGACGAAUAUUUCAGGGCCAACAACAUCGUUAUCAAGGGCACUAUGGCGAACGUCAAGGUGAUCAAGACCCCAGAGAAAAAUCCGAAUAGUAGCGAACAAGAAGAGCUUAACGGCAGCAAUGCUUCCACUGAUGAGAACGCACAAAAAUCAAGUGGAUCGAACGAUACGUUGCAUAGCGAGAGCAGCACUGUAUCGGCAAGCGCAACGAGAACAUCGACCAGAAGCGAGAACGAUAACGAAAACGAGAGCGAACGCGAAGAAACUGGCCAAGAGAACGGGAACAGUAUUAAGAACGAUACGACGACGACGAUGGCGCACGUGCAUGGUACAGGAAACGGGAACGUCACCGGUAACAACGAGUCACGACAGGGUUUGAACCUGAAGAUGAGUGCCAAAGAACUUAGAGCCCAGCUAGCUCUACGCAAGAAAUACGAUCCGAAGAAAGAAUCAAUCGGUUUCAAGGACAAAUUUGACAUCGUACAAAAAUUAUAACGGCAAUUUCGUCUGCCUCUUUUGAUAAUUUGUCGACUAUGCGCGGUGCUCCUUUUUUAUCUCGCUAUUAAUAGAUAGAAUCCUUACGUCGAUUUAUUCGGAUGAACGUAACAUCGGACGUUUAUACGACGCUGAACUGAACGCAUGUAUUAUUGGCAUGCGCACAAUCUUUUCAGAUUUCAAACAAUUUUCGAAACUUCUAAUAUAUAAAAACACGCACAUAUGUCCGUAAUUUUAUUUAAAAUUGAAUAAUAUGUCGAAUAUGAAUGUUUAAUAAAUAUUAAGACAAUUACAAAUGCACAAAAAAUAGUACGAAUAAUAGUAAGUAUGAACAUUGAAACAUAUUCCAAUCGAUUGAAAAAAAAGUUUCUUGUUCUAGUAGACUAUACAGUAAUCUUGUUAACUAUAGCGAAAAUUAUGCGCAUCAAGGACGAUCACGACGAUGCGAGAGAAAGUGUAGGACGUUGCGCGACGCGCGUCGCGUGACGUGUGCGUCAUCGAUAAUUUCUAUUUCUUUUUAAAUAAUAAUUUAAAAAUUUAAUAUAUCGCUCGUUCUUUUAUUGUGCAUUGAAAGAAUUUAUAUCUUUCAAAGCUAAGAUAUCUUGAAAUUAUUGCGACAUAGAAAAGAAAGUUAUGAUAAAAUCGAUCGAUAUUUGAUGCAGUAAAGAUUCAGCCAACAUUCGUACGGUAUUAUGUAAUUUAAGGAAUGUAUCAGCGUGUAAAAAUACGACGAAACAAUAGUGAGAAGAUUUGGACGAAUUUCCUCGUCCCAUUAGAGGUUGCACAUAGCGUGUGCGACGAACCGAAAGUCGCAGGAUUUGCAGGAAACUAUUCUCUAACAUUGCUAAAUAUUACGACAACUUGUUGUGUAACUUUCAAUUAUCGUCGUCGUGAUCCUUUUGCGUCGUGUUUCGUAUUUUACGUGAAUACUUAGAAACUAGAUGUUUUGUUUUUUUUCGCACGAUAUGUACCGGUAUACAUUUCAUUUUUGCGAUAAUUUCUUUAGUCAUGAUAAAUAUCGAUAAAUUUUUUAUCAUGUAUUUCUGAUUAAAUAUUACAACGAAAGAGAAUAAUUUAUUAUUGAUUUUCUUAUUCUUUCUUGAGAGACUUUUUGCAAAUUCGAGAUCUAGUUAAUUUUGUCUAAAUAUAUUUUUAGUCGAGUAAUUAAUAUCAAAAUAAUGCAUUUAAUAUUCAAUUGGUAAAUUAAUUAAUCAUCAUGUUUCAUAUGGAUCUAAUAUGAAUAUUGAUAACAAAAUUCUUAAAAAAUAUUAUUUUAAAAUAUAAUUUUUUAGAACAAUAUUUUGUAUUAUGUGUCUAUCAUCAUGUGAAAUGGAUAAAAUCAGACGCUUUUGUAAUUAUAUGGAUUCUUAUUCAAAGCACGACAAA